AGAAAUAAUAGACUUCAUUAUUACUGAGAAAAUUCCAAUUAAGAAUAAGCAUAGAUCUUUGCUUUUAGCAUGGUCAAUGCAUUAUUUUCUUUGCAUGAUCGAUAGUUUUCUUUACUUAGUCUUUUCUCUAUUUUUAGAUCUAGAUGUUAACUAAGUGCUAUGCUAUUAUUAGCAGGAAUGGGCAGAAAAGACCACAAAAUUGUCAAUUAAGAAUAAGCAUUGAUCUUGGUGAGAGGAGGAAAUAGCUGCAAUUGAGAAGACUUUCAGUAUUACUAUUGUGGUUUUAGAGAGAAAAUCCCAAUUAAGAAUAAGCAUAGAUCUUGGUUGGAGGAGAGCAGAUCGAUAAAGAAAAAGAAGCAUGUCGAGUGCUCACAAUUUCCCACUCGAAUUUGCUGAGAUCGAUGGCGUUGUGAAGCAGGAUUUCUGGAGACUAAUUUCAGGGCUGGCUGAAUAUCAGAAGCAACACGCUGACCUUUAUGGGCAGAUCGAAAAUGAGCUGGAGUGGGUUGAUGUUAACAAGUUCAAAUCUCAAGAAAACUACUCAACUGCAGAAGAACGUUGGUUACACCGAGUGAUUAGAGAUCUUGAAUUAUCAGCAAAUGGGAGUCGAGCAAAGAAAACAUAUGUCGUUCCCUUCAGAGGUUCACUUCCUGGUGAGGUGGUAUAUUAUGACGGAAUUCCUGGGGACGUGUAUUUCAUUGUGGUAUAUGGUGCUGAGCCCUACCCUAUGAAGUCCUUGCGAGAUGAGCAUCUCCUUGCUCAAUAUUUUUAUAGUCUACAGCUUUCUGAGGGUCCAUCUGCCAGAAGAGAGAAACUUCGCCUUAAGCUGCAGCGUCUCAUUGCCUCCACUUCUGAUCCCCACUGGACUGCCAUUUACAACUCUCUCUUCCCUUAAUCUCCAACAAGACAAGCUAAUUCUGAUUAUAGCUCUUGGAUUCCUUUCAGGCAAUUCCUGUUAUUAUGUUCUUCUUUUCAAUUUAUUAAGCAGUAGGAAAUGUUUCUUUAGAUCGACAGUUUUGAAGAUGAACGAUGCCUUAGAGAUCAAGCUGGGGUGGAAAGCAUAUCUCUGCUUUUCUUAAUAAAGCAGCUUUUUGAGAUUUUAGUUUUACUUUUUUAGCUUUAAGUUUUAUGUUUUUGUAAUCCUAUUUUUGGGAAAAGAAUUUGUCUAUAAAACAAUUCACUGUUAUUGUAAUUACAUUAAGUUUUCAAUAUCAAUAAUAUUCAGGCUUCUUCUUCAUUACA